GAAUGCUACUAGCCAAUUUCCGAAAAACUUACGAAGCUUUUUGCGGGAUAUCCUGUGAAUAUCUCCGAGAUAAUUACUUGCGGUGUAUUAGAUAAAGGUUGAAAAGGAUUGCGAAGAGAUCCUUGAGGAUAGAAGGGUUAGAAACGAGGUUAGAAACGGAUAUGUUCUAUUUUGUUUGUAGUCCUGUCAAUUUUCAAACCUUUGACAGCCGCAUAGGAAAAAAAAUGUUUUUUUUUGUUUUGUAGUUUCUCGUUCUCUGCUGUGUUGUGCAAUCUAUUUACAACUUACGUGUACGAGUGUUUUAUCAAAAUAUUAAUGCUUUUUGUUUAACUCAUCCGCUCAACAGAUCCAUUAAUAUGAAAACUCAGGAGGAUUCGUUUUGGUCGUCCGUGGAGAAAGACGUCGGGAUCAUUCCGAGCAAUUUGAAAACGAUCCUCAAACAUACCGGUUUCAUCAACGGUGCCUUGGCGGAACUGGGAGAUCAGGAGUGCGAUGGGAUUGAGCAUGAUAUGCGGCGAAUGCGCAUAGGAAUGUCGGCCGAGCUGGAUGAGUGCUUUCGUCGGUUUUCGUAUCGCCCCGAACACUUUUGCCUAAUGACCGGCGAGCGGACGGAACUCAAGCUCAUCGCUCGAACUAUCAAGAAAAACGGCAUCCAACGGUAUUUAAAGAAACCGAGGUCCACUAGUGGUUCAUUAUCUUUAAUACCUACGGCACAACAUACCAGUGCAGAUGGAGAAAACUCUGUGCUUAAAGAAAAGAUUAUAGAGUUCUACGAAAGGCGGUACGUCUUACAAAUAAAAUCAAUAAUUUAAUUAUUAAACCCAAUCGUUUACACUUUUAAUGUACUCGACACUCAGGUUUGACGGUUCAGUGGCUCAACGGAGAAUUGUUGACUCGAUUCAGACGUUCUCUGUGGAAGUGAGUGUUGGCUCGGCUGGCCUUUUGGCCAAGAUAAGCUGCUCGCUCUGCGACCCACGUAGGACCAUCACGUGUCGCACGGAGUCCUCCGGACGCUGGAAGAUUAGCAACGUCAUUAGCCACAUUACGCACGUCCAUAAGAUCGUCUUCUCCCCUCCGCCUUUGACUUGUGGGUCAGCAACUGCUUGCAAGCGAUCUAGUCUUGGUAAGAAGGACUUAUCGCCGGCUGACAAAAUUAUCCGUUUGGAUAAUGCUGCAGACACCGGAGAAAACGAAAUGAAAAUUGAAAGAACCUCACAACAUCGUCUCGUCAGUGUGGAGUACCUGGAUGAAUAUGAAGAAAUGGUUAGGAUGAGCGAAACCAGCCCUGCUGCUGAAGGCUCGGCUGAAGGUGAAGCAGAAAUUGAAGCGGAUGUUCCCCACGAUGAAGCCACGGCGAUGCCAUCAGAAGAAGAUCCGUUAAACUUCUAGGGUGCUACGGUUCGGCCAGCCAUAGCACUAGUGGAGCAGUGGCCACAACAUCAAAAACAGGAGCAGUGGAAAUACUGACAAACGUUCACAAUCGCAGCUUGCAAACAAGCAAACACGGAUUGCGGUAUUCGGACUUGGAGAGAGACUUUUUCACCUAUCGGUGAGAUAUACAACUUUUUUCCUCGAUACCUCCCAAAACGACAAUCCAUGAACCAUGCUUUGCUGUAUCAUUUUGAAUGAACCAUUGAAAUUUGAUUAUGAUUUUAAAACGACCGUACAUUGAGAAAAAAAGUUUCCGUUCGUCUGGAAUUAGCGCGAUACCCUGGUUGUGUCCCGUUAGCGUUGUGGAUAAGGAUUUCGAUCGUCAACCCGAUAUGGGAACGUAGAGUCACACAGAUGAAGAAGAUGGCAACUAAAUAACAAUUAUCAGUCCAACAAAAUCAAGGGAAUAAUCUCCGUUCAGAUCGAAAUUCAAAACCAGCAAGCAAUUAGAAUUAAAAAUCUAUUUGUCUGUGAAAUUGAAAUACUUCUCAACUGUGUACUUGAACAAUUUUGCAAGAAAUUAUAGGAGAUAGAUCGGUUGAAAAUCAGAGUAUUCAAAAGUACAAAAGUAUCAGGAGCAUUUCUCAUUGACUGGAUAACGUACGUAUUGCUGAGCGUAGGACAUGUAUCUAUUUCAGUUCCCGAUUCAAACUCUCCAUAGGCCUCUAUGUCGUUCUUUACAAAUCCUUCGUUAUCGUCAAGCGACUCAUCAUCCGUUUUAACGAUUUCGCUCAGCUUUGAUCAUAACUUUUCGCGCUAUACAUUAAUGUUUAUCCACGACGAUUUGUCCCGUUCCAUUCUUUUAAAAAGAAGGUUAAAAAGCAAUGUCUGAAUUAACUAUUUGCAUAUAUACCUAUUGUGACAUUGUUUAAACAUGAUAAUAAUCUAUCAUUUAAUGACAUUCAUCAACAGGCUAAUCCAAGGCGGCAAGGAAUUGUACGAUUUUGACCGAGCAAACGCACCGGCUCCACACCCGCGCACAGUUCAAAGGUAUCUGCAACAGAACUCCGAACUGGUUCGUGAGGGGCAGCUAUUGGUGGGGGAGCUGAAAAACUUCCUUCAAAGAAAUGGAUAUCCAAUGGCGGUGUGUUGGAGCGAAGACGCCACCCGCAUUAGUGGUGGGGUGGAGUACAACUCUAUUCUGGAUCAACUCACUGGACUGGUUGCACCGAUGGAUGACAAUGGAAUGCCGAAAAUGGAUCUGUUCAACUGCUCAUCCCCUCUGAAAAUCGUGAAUGAUUUGAAACAGUACCCAAUCGCGCGCUACGUGCAGCUAUGCAUGGUCCAACCUUUGGCCCGGCAUGCUUCUCCGUUCUGCGUGAAUUUUUACUGUACAAAUAACAAGUUCACAACACAAGAUGUAUUAAAGCGAUGGCAGUUUGUGGAACAGGAGUUUACUAAAGAGGGCAUACAAAUAGUUGCAAAGUCCACAGAUGGAGACAGCCGGUUUAUUGGUGGGAUGAUGGAGCAAAUGAAACUUCCCCCAGAAACCGAUUCAGAAAGCAGACCAGAUAAUGCGUAUGGUGAUUGGUACAUUGCGACCGUCAAAGACAGUAAAAUAUGUGUACAAGACACAACACACCUGGUUAAUAAAUUUCGAACACGUUUAAUGAAAACGGACCAGCAGCUACAAAUAGGUACCAUGCGAAUUUCCAAUCAACACCUAAUGGAACUGAUACAGUGUGUCUCGAAAGACCAACAUGGCUUGACCAUAACCGAUUUGAACGAGAACGAUAAAAUGAAAUUUCGGCCAGUGGAGAAAAUUACGAAGGAUUCUGUCAUUGAACUCUUGCGUCAGCACGUUCCUUUAUCUGGCGGAACCGUGCAGUUUCUGACAAUGAUGUCCGAGAUAAUGUCUUCGUACAUGAGUUCGGAUAUGGCGCCGUUACAAAGAGUAUAUAAUAUUUGGAAAGUACUGCUUAUUGUUCGCGCCUGGCGAAAUUGGUGCUAUGCCAAACAUGGAAAUUUGCAGAAAUGCAUAACCACAAAUGCAUAUUGGGGGCUUGAAAUUAAUGCUCACGCAUUAAUUAGCUACAUAGAUCUCUGUCGAAGAGAGAACAUCCAGUUUCUGGUAGACCACCUACACAGUCAAACGUGUGAGGCAGCCUUCAGGGAUACACGAUCAUUGACAUCGACCGCAUCAACCGUGGUAAAUUUCACUAUACAAGGAUUUGAAUCCCGUUUGAACCGAAUUCAAAUGAAAAGGGACAUCAUGGCUAGACAGCAGGCCUCACUGAAUUUCCCUCGGUCAAAAAGCGAAUCAGUUGACGAGUCACCAACCGUUCUACCUAAUGAAGACGAUAUUUCACGCACCGUCGAAGAAGCUAUGAGAGCGGCGUCAGAAAUACUGAUCGGUUUGGGAGUUGAGGAAUCGAAUCUAUCAUUCGAGCACACAAUUCGUCGAAAAUGCCAACUACCAGGUGAAAACUCAACAUUCCAGUAUGUCGAUGUUCCAGACGAGCACGUACAUGAGAAUCCAGAAUCACUAUAUUCCGACAAAUGUCCCUCAUUUCAAUUUGUUGAUGUGCCUGAAAUUGCGGAGGAUGACGAGGACAAUGUCGUUGAAGCGUCCGAGGUGUUUGCAAAUGUCGGAAGAGAACUCCAUCUGAAGGAUGCAGUAUCCUACAAAAACACUUUCAAAAUUAGGAACCGCAACGGCAGAAUUGUAAGUGUGAAAAAGAGAACCUUUUUGUGGAUGCUAACGUCAGAUUUAGUCAAAUGUUCCACUGAUCGAGUGCAUCGAUUCAAAGACGGAGAUGUUAUUUCCAAAUCCGGACAGCCACGAUCGCUCAACGGAGUCUGUGAGAACGUGUCAUUGGGCGAAUUCCUCUUGGUGCGCAGCAAUGGCCAGAUCAAUGUCGUCAAAGUGUACGGGUUCAAAUUCCUGAAAGGUAAAAAUCAGUCCUGCUCACUCACUACGGUUCCUUUGGUAGCCCCUUCUGGAGUGAACCCCAGAGGAAUAGGAAUCAUAGGUAAUUUUUUUGAUCUUGUUGAGUAUGGUAAUGAUAUUGUGUUGGAGCUCUCAAAUGUGGAGCAAGUCGACAUUGAGUAUUACUUAUCCCAUUUGAAGAAACCUUCAAUAGAAUCGAUGAUUUUAUAUUACUCGAGCGAUACUGCAGAAUACAUACAAAGUCUAAAAUAA